AUCCCAAACAGGAUUCUGUUUUCUUCUUCUUCUUCGUCCUGUUCUCUUCUGUUUUCCCUGCCUCUGCUCUGCGUGUAAAUGUGGAGGCUUCCUUUCAGUCCCGACCUGUUUUUCCACUCUGUCGUCACUUCACCUGUUGAGCUCUGAUAACCCGGAAGUGAGAGCUCUUGUUUUCACCUUACAGGUGAGAGAGAGAGAGAGAGAGAGAGAGAGAGGCAAGCAGCUCGAGCUGGUGAAGUUCUUGGAAAAAGAAGCAGCAAAAGAUCGAAGCUGAGCUAUUUACUCGACGUGGAGAUCAUUUUGUGGAGCUUUAUCUCCAUAUUUUAGGCAGAAAUACGGGAGAGGACCGAGUGUGUGAAGAAAAACAACGAAGAAACAUGGGGCGCCUCGUUUCACUGCUUUUGUUUCUGUGCGCCGCGACAGGUGGAAGCAGUUUUGACGUCACAACUGCACCUGCAAUUCUGAAAGUAAAAGAAAAUGAAGGUGUGGACAUGUCCUGCUCCUACACAGCAGACUUUGGUGCAGAUGCCAGGAUGGAGUGGAGAUUCGUAAACUCAAAAGGCUCAACAAACUAUGUUUUGUUUGACAAAAAAAUAACAGAUCCAUAUGUUGAUCGCGUAACUAUAUUCAGUAACACAAAUUUGAGAUUCUCCAGAGUGACUCGUCAGGAUAACGGCGAGUAUUUCUGUGACGUGUCCAGCUCCAGUAGCCCAACGAAGAAUGCCAAGGUGGUUCUGACUGUUCUGGUGCCGCCAUCCGUCCCAAAUUGUGGAAUCCCCCAAACAGUGACGACAAAUUCACACGUCACCCUUACCUGCAAUGAUCCUAACGGUUCUCCACCACCAAAAUAUAACUGGUACAAAGGUACCACCCUCCUUCCUGAGGACCCGAGUAAGAAUGUUGCCUUCAAAAACGCCACCUACAAGCUGGAUACAAAAACAGGAAUGCUGGUGUUUCCUUCUGUUACCAAGAUGGACACUGGGGACUAUUACUGCGAGGUGAGCAACGAGGCCGGUCCUCCCCAGCGCUGCAAAAGUGCAAAAAUGGAAGUCCGUGACAUAAACACCGGAGGAAUUGUUGCCGGGGUAAUCUUUGGCCUUCUGUUCUUGGGCCUUUUGAUAGCCGGCCUUUGGUUCGCCAACAAGAAAGGAUAUCUUCCCUCAAUGAAAAGUGAAAGCAAGCAGCAAAGUGCGGCCUACCAGCCUCCAUCCAUGUAUGGCGGUGGUGACGAAGAUGAUGGGGAUUUCAAACAGAAGUCGUCAUUUGUGGUGUAGCAGGUGGCAGUCGGAAAUCUCUGUUAAAUAUUUGGCUUUGUGAUUUUUUUUUUUGUACUUGUGCUUUCAGUGCUGUUAUUAUGAACCAUCUUUAUUCUCUUCAGAUAAUGAUUUCACUGUCACCCAUGUAAGAUUUUAAGAUUUUUUUCAGGAAGCGUUUUGUACAUUUAUAGUUUUGAUUAAAUGUGGUUUCUAUCUGCUUUUUUUUGUCUGCCAGAAUGUUUCUGCUACUGAUCAAAGCUGAUGUUUGUGUUCUUUUUAUCUUCCAGCUACUAAAUUAUUUUUUUCCAUUCAUAAUUUUCCUUUUAAACUAUCACCAAGUACUGAUUAAAGAACAAAGACUUGGAGUCUAUUUAAACUCACAAAGCAUGGUACAGCUCACUUAGUACAUUUCCUGGCAAUUGCUGUAUCAUACUGCUAAAAUAUAACACUGUAGCUGUGCUGUUCAGGUUUUUGAAUUUUUAUCUAAUCUUUUCUGCAACAAUACUUUUUAUUAGAGAUUUUUACAGUAAUUACAAAAUCUAUUUUGCAUUUAGAGCUAGAAAUGUUCAUUAGUUUGCCCUGUGGUUUAAAUGUCUCUCUCUUAAUUUAUGACCAUUGUGUGUAUGGAUCACGGUGGAACCUAAAGCUGUCACUUAAAUUGAACAUUUAGAUAAAAAAAAUUCUAACUCUGGAAACUGAACUUACAAUAUGUUUUGCUUUGACACUUUGCUUUGCUUUGACAGGUUGUCAACACACAACAGUCAAUAUCUGUAUAGGGGAACAGUUUUUUUCUUUGUCUUGUUUCUUUCUUUGUUUUUUUUUUUUUUUAGAUAUUUUGUAAUUAUUGAUUUGUCUGUUUAUGAAUAAAAGUUAAUAAAUUAGCAUGUGGUUUAUA